GCGGGUGUACUGGACAAACUGGAAUCCUACUCGGCCAGCAAUUCAACGAUCUUAUUUCAGUGGCUAUGGAAUGGAGACCAUUAUCAAGGAUGGAAUCAGAAUGCCAAAUGAUCUGGCAAUUGAUCAAGCAGCACAGAAGUUAUAUUGGGUUGAUGCUCGACUGGAUAAGAUUGAAGAAUGUGAUCUUGAUGGGAAGAAGAGAAGGAUUCUGCUGCAGGAUCAUCCCCAACAUCCAUUCCAAGUAGCAGUCCAUGGGAAGUUCUUAUUCUGGACUGAUUGGGUACUGAAUGAUGUCGUUAGAUUUGACAUGAUCACUGAGGAGCUGCAUCAUAUGGAACAGAAUGUUGCCAAGCCCAUGAGCAUCAUU